AACCAGACCGAAAACCAAAUAUAUAGCGGAUUUUUGUCUCAGCGGGUUUGUGUUUUCCCUGAUAUCCAUGUAACAACAUAGAAGACACGUCGUUUUGAAUCUUCAUUUUGGUUCCUGCAAUAAUGGAUUUGAUGUUCCCUCUGAAACCCCACUGUGUUAUUCUCAAGGCACCACUCUCUUCUUCUCUCUUGUUCCCUUUUCCUCUCAGGUUUCGGGCUGUCACCGCUUUCAAGCAUGCCAAUAUUCAAUGCGAGCUUGAAGGCAGACCCAAUGGUGCUCUCUCUGGUGACUUCGACCCUCGCUUCAUUGACAGGCAAAAAGCACUGGAAGCAGCGAUGAAUGAUAUAAACAACAACUUUGGAAAGGGCAGUGUUACAAGACUGGGCAGUGCUGGUGGAGCUUUGGUUGAAACUUUUCCCAGUGGUUGUUUGACAUUAGACUGUGCUUUAGGUGGUGGUCUCCCUAAAGGAAGAAUUAUAGAGAUAUAUGGACCAGAAAGCAGUGGGAAAACCACCCUAGCACUUCAUGCUAUUGCGGAAGUGCAGAAGUUAGGAGGCAAUGCAAUGCUUGUUGAUGCGGAGCAUGCUUUUGAUCCUGCAUAUUCUAAAGCAUUAGGAGUGGAUGUAGAAAAUUUAAUUGUGUGCCAACCUGAUCAUGGAGAGAUGGCUCUUGAGAUUGCAGACCGAAUGUGUAGAUCUGGUGCCAUAGAUCUCAUUUGUGUGGAUUCUGUGUCAGCUCUCACUCCACGGGCUGAAAUUGAAGGGGAGAUUGGAAUGCAGCAAAUAGGAUUGCAAGCCCGUCUUAUGAGCCAAGCUUUACGUAAGAUGUCUGGAAAUGCAUCUAAAGCUGGUUGUACUCUUAUAUUUUUGAAUCAAAUAAGAUAUAAGAUUGGUGUCUAUUAUGGAAAUCCAGAAGUGACUAGUGGUGGAAUUGCAUUGAAGUUCUUUGCGUCACUUCGGCUAGAAGUUCGUCCUACAGGGAAGAUAAAGUCUGCUAAAGGAGAUGAAGAAAUUGGCCUUAAAGUUCGUUUAAGAGUCCAAAAGAGCAAGGUAUCAAGGCCAUACAAAAUAGCUGAAUUUGAAAUUAUAUUUGGAGAGGGUAUCAGUAAGUUGGGAUGCAUUUUAGAUUGUGCAGAAAUGACGGAUAUUGUCUCAAAGAAAGGCUCUUGGUACAGCUAUGGAGAUCAUCGGUUGGGACAAGGAAGGGACAAAGCAAUACAGUACUUAAAAGAGAAUACACAUCUUUUAGAAGAAAUUGAGAAGGUUGUUCGGUCUUCAUUGAUUGAUGGAACUAACCAAACAAGUCCUGUACACAUGAAGAAUAGUUCAGUGCUACAUCAAGAUGAUGAUAUGUUUGAGGAAAGGUAAUGAUGAGGGACUUGUUUGGGUGAUAGGUUCCAGAAGCUGAGAAAUUUUUUCUUCACAACAAAUGGAAGUGGAGUUGGUUUUGAUGGUUACACCAAUUAUUGGCUCGUCCCUCCUGUACCAUUGGCAUGAGAUAUACAGAAAGGGGGAAAAGUGAAACUUAAAGGAUUAUGAAGGACUGGUUUUACUACUCAAUGUUCCACAAAUCAUGUAAUCUAGCUAUAUUUGGUUCCCAUUUAUUACUAUUAUUGUUUCCCAGUGCCUCAUUUUGUGAGUUUUCUAUUUCUUUUGGGUUGCUGAGCCAUUCAGCUGGUGGUUGGAUCCUGAAUCACAUGGAUAUACUAAUUAGAGUGAUUCUACUAUAAUGAUUAGGCCAACCUAUUAAGCUUUAACUGUAAUUAUAACUAGUAUUUUAGGUUUAACUAAUGUUUUAAAAAUUGGACUGACAAUUGAAUCGGGAGAAAAUAUUUGAUCAAGGUUUAUUGAUUCAA